AUGAAGCAAGAACUCAAGAGAAAAUAUCUCCCUCCUUCGUACUACCCAAAGCUCCUUGAUAAAUGGAAUAGAUUAACCCAGGGGAGCAAGCCUGUCAAAGACUACAUCUCGGCCUUUGAUGACUUCCUCAUCCGUUGCAAUGGCGAAGAGUCUGCCACCCCAACUCAAAUCCUUUCUAUGUUUAGAGCUGGCCUUAGAGAAGACAUGCGUACGGAACUCUUUGCUCGAGGUGUAGACUCUUUGGAAGCAGCCUGUAGCCUAGUACUCGACCUCGAAGAUUCCAGAACCCACUCCCAAACUAGGCACUUUGACUCCCGCACCAAUUCUUAUAGGGCCUCGUCGGGACAACCUCAAAACCGACCUUCGGGAUCGACUGCAAACCGAACCCCUGCUAGUUCGGCCCCUCCUCGUACCGACCUCAAAGGUAAAGCUCCCGAGCGUGACGCUCCCAAACCUAGUUCUGGAACCAAGUGCUAUAGGUGUCAAGGGUACGGACACAUUGCUUCGCAAUGUUCUAGUCCUUACAAAGUCACCAUAAUUGAAGAAGUGGACGACGAGGAGGAAGAACCUGAGACUGAUUUGGUUCACCAAGUGGAUGAGGAAGAAGACUCUUUUACGGAAGAGGAACCUGUGACCUUACAAGUUGUUAGGUGCGCUUUGGCCCAACCUAAAUUAAGCGACGAUUGGCGAAGAACCUCCAUUUUUCAUACCUUCAUUAAGAUCGGAGAAAAGAGCUGCAAGGUUAUCAUAGAUAGUGGAAGUUGUAUCAACGCAGUCUCUUCAGCCAUGGUCUCCAAGCUCAAUCUGAAGGUGACCCAGCACCCAAAUCCGUAUAAGGUUUCUUGGAUCAACUCGACUACCAUUGAAAUUAAGGAUCGAAGCCUUAUUCCGAUAGAAUUUGUGGGAUAUCAAGACAAGAUUUGGUGCGAUGUUCUAACCAUGGAUGUGGGUCAAAUUAUCCUUGGGCGCCCUUGGUUAUUUGACAACGACGUCCAUAUUUAUGGGAGGACGAACACCUGUGUGUUCGAGCAUAAUGGAAAGAAGAUCAAGUUAAUGCCCUCUCAACCAAAACCUCCCAAAACUGAAGCUAAACCUAUCCCAGCUAAGCAAAGUAAAGGCCUCCACUUACUGACUGCAAAGGAGGUAGAAACUGAGAUCACUCAAGGAGCCCCCAUGUAUGCCUUAGUGGCUAGAGAAGUAGAGGAAGAUCAGAAAGAAACAAUCCCCGACGUCGUUAGACCCCUUCUUGAAAACUUUGCGGAUGUUUUCCCAGACGAUUUGCCUAACCAACUGCCACCCCUGCGAGACAUACAGCACGCGAUAGACUUAGUACCAGGGGCAUCUCUACCCAACCUUCCCCACUAUCGUAUGAACCCGACUGAACACUCCGAGCUUAAGAAACAAGUUGAUGAACUCCUACAACGAGGAUUCAUCAAGGAGAGCCUCAGCCCCUGCGCUGUUCCUGCUCUUCUAACUCCCAAAAAGGACGGCUCGUGGCGAAUGUGUGUUGAUAGUCGCGCUAUCAACAAGAUUACUGUCAAGUAUAGAUUUCCCAUUCCUCGACUAGAUGACAUGCUGGACAUGAUGACCGGGGCCACUCUUUUUUCCAAGAUUGACCUUAAGAGUGGGUAUCAUCAGAUUAGGAUCUGUCCCGGGGAUGAAUGGAAAACGGCAUUCAAAACUAAAGAUGGACUUUAUGAGUGGACUGUUAUGCCGUUUGGACUAAGCAACGCCCCUAGUACCUUUAUGAGAGUUAUGACUCAAGUUCUUAGGCCCUUUUUAGGAAAGUUCGUAGUAGUUUACUUCGAUGACAUAUUAAUCUACAGCACUUCGGAGGAUCAACAUCUCAAUCACAUAACUCAGGUCUGUGAAGUUUUGAGGAAAGAACAGCUAUUCGCCAACCCUGCUAAGUGCAAAUUCCUCACCGAUAGUGUGACCUUUCUUGGAUUUAUUAUUUCAAAUCAAGGGAUAUCUGCAGAUCCUGAGAAGGUGCGAGCAAUAAAUGAGUGGCCAGAACCUAAGAAUAUUCGGGAUGUUAGAAGUUUUCAUGGAUUGGCCACCUUCUAUCGAAGGUUUAUUCGAAAUUUCAGCACCAUUGUAGCCCCCAUAACUGAUUGUCUUAAGAAAGGGGAAUUUAAUUGGACGACUGCCGCAACUAGAGCGUUUGAGGAUAUUAAGAAGAGAAUG